CCGCCCUUGGGGAAGGGGGGUGUGCAUCUGACUCGUACCGCCCCUGCCUCUGAGUGACAGGACCGUGGACAGCAACAUUCCCAGCCGGACACGAAGUUUGUCGGCCCUUGCCUUGGUUGAACUGAGUAGCAGCAACAACCAGGAAUAUUCUUUCUGGCAUCUGGAAAUGAAUAUGCCAGGAAUGCAAGCCCAGCUGCUUUGGUGAAGUACUUGGUUUUGGAAACAUCUUCCCCCUUGGCAGCUCCCCAAGGUUCAGACUUGGCAGCAUCAAGGACACAACGCAAGGUAGCUGGAAAGAGGCACGGCAUCAAGAUCGACCUGAGUAAAUAGCACAGGAUUUUCCCAGCAAGCAUUUUGGAGAUCAAAAAUGGGUAGAAAAGAUGCUUCUACUACAAAACUUCCGGUUGAUCAGUACAGAAAGCAAAUUGGUAAACAGGAUUAUAAAAAAACCAAACCUAUUUUGCGGGCAACCAAAUUAAAAGCAGAAGCUAAGAAAACAGCACUAGGCAUAAAGGAAGUUGGCCUUGUGCUUGCAGCUAUAUUGGCCCUCCUGCUGGCUUUCUAUGCUUUUUUCUAUCUCAGACUUUCCUCGGAUGCUGAGCCUGAUCUGGACCCAAAUGAAGAUUAGCUGAGCAGCAAUCAUGGCACGGAAGAAGGGUAGUGUUAUGGAAGCACCUUUUGGUGCCAGCGCUCUCUGAAGUACUGAAACUACAUGUUGAAUGUUUUGUUCUGAUACUUGCAGUGUCCAGAAAUGUUUUUUUUUUACUAUAAUUAUAUAGGAUAACAAGAAAAGAAUGUCACCUAGCAGUGUUGUAUAAUGUAUGCGACCAAAUACUUUUAUAAAUCUUUUUUUUUUUUUUGGACAGGUACCCUAUGUAUUUUGUAUUUAGAUAAGAUGAAUAACUGAUUCUAAAUUCUUCAGCUUUCUUACCAAGUUUAUGGCUAUAACUCCUUCACAUACUGAUUCCUAAAUCUAGUUUUGUCACAUACAUUGCAAAGUAAAAGUACGAAGGUUAGAAGCUCACAUUCAGAGCUAAGAAGAAACAAAAAUGUUUUAUUUCACAAAGAAGUCCCACUCUCUUUCCAGACAUAUUUUGUAUCAUUAGCGAGACUAUCUGCACAUACAUCCAUGGUAAUCUCGUCCCUUCUUUGCCAACUGUUCAGUGCACAUGUGCUUCAUCAGAAAUGGCACCUGGAUGACAGAAGCUCAAAGAGUCACAUAUGUCUCUCAAAUAGAGUCCUUUCCCUCCUGGGCUGUCUGAACUGGUGUAAAUAGAAAGUUCAGUUGAUCUGGAUUUUAAUUAACUUAUUACCCUAUUAAUAUAAACUUGGAAUUCUAUUUUAAUUACGUUAUUCUGGCUGCCUGCAAUAUCAGUUUGCCCGCCUUGUUAGGGAGAUAUGCAACAAUCUGUCAUUUAAUGGUGUGGUCUUUUUCACACAACAGAAAUACCAGAAGUCUUACUCACAAUCAUUUCCUUGAAUUGUGCCCCAAAUUGAACAAUACAAAGUUGCAGUGAAAAUUACAUUUUAUCCCUUGAGAGUUAAUCCAUUAGAAUGCUUUAAAAACUAGAAAGCUAAAUAAUAGGGAAAAAGAUAUGUUUCCAAUUACUCUCAUAUGUAAUUUUCUGUUUAUAUAGUUUUGAAUGUAUUUUUCAUUUGUUAGAGAAUAAUGACUAUGAUGUUUAAUAUUUUUAUUGUAAUUAAAUUUUAGUAGAUUUUAAAAACAUUUGGAAUUGAAAUUUGGAAAAUAUCUGGUCAAAGAAUAUGUUUAGUUCUUACAUUAUACACAUGUACAUAGAAAAUGGCUAGUUUGAAAUAUAUCCACAAGGUAAAGUUUUAUGGGGUAUUUGUGAAGAAAAAUGCAAAAUUAAGAUUACAUUCAUACUAGCCAAGGGACAAAAGCUUUGAUAAAUGCCCUACAAGUUUAUAGGGCUUUAUAAGUACAAUUUCUUUUCAAAAAGGAUAUUCUUCAAUACUUUUGCAAAAGCUGAAAUUGAUAGUGUAGUAUAACAUUGUAGGGUUUUUUAAAGUAGCAUAAUUUAUUUUAUCAGUGUGAAAAGAGCCAAAGAUUUCAGUUUCCUUGCAGAUCGUUUGUGCCAAACAUCCGAGGGCAAAAUUUAACCAGUGUUAUUUACUGGAUUCUUCCUCUUGAACUCACAAACUCAAGAGACAGACCAAGAGCUCUUGUAUACUCACCAUCGUGGACCAAUCCAAGUGGCAUUUUUAGGAAAGGUUGCAGCAUUUUAUGCCAUGUGGUAUGUCUGUUCGCAAAGUGGGAGGCAAGGGAAUAUCCAAGCUGGCAUUUUGGAUAUGAUGGGCCUUUUACUUUCCUGAGUGACAUGCCACAUGUCAAGAAAAACUGCUUUCUUCCACUCCCAUCACAUUUACAAUUUUCAUUUAGUUAUUUCCCUCACAUAUGGUGUUAAAAAACAGUCAUAUUAAAUGAAGAUUACUUCUGGUUUUCGGUGGUAAUUUAAAUAACAGGAUUUAUAAUAAUUGCUUAUUAGAUGUCCAUCCAAGUGAGAUAUUAACAGUUUACAGUAUAUAAAAUAGGUGACUAUACUUUUGGACAUGUUUUUAAAUUCAUCAUUCUGAGAAAAACUUCACCAUUCUGUUCUAUCAGGAGGUGUUCUUUUGUAGGAAAAUGUUGUUUUGAUAGGAAUAAAUAUUAGUCUAAACCUAGAAUAAUUAUAGGUAAGUUUCAUUGUCUAGUUUUGUUAAUAUCCUGAGCCUCUACCUAAUUCAUUUGUAUAAUUGAUUGAUUUCUAAUGACCCCAGAGAAGCAUAAAUCCCAAAGGCUUAAAAUUGAUUUAAGGAAAUAGCAGGUAAAGUGAGAUAAUAUAAUAUAUGUUUACACACUGUUUUCAUGAAAUUCAAAUUUUGUGAACUCACAUUAACUUGGAAACAGCCAAUCCUGUGAAGAUAUAUCCCAGAUUGAAAAUCUGGUUUGAAUCUUUGAAGACGUAAAGGUGGUAUCUGUUUCCUUUUCAGGGGACUAUAUGUUUGAAUAGGGAGUAGCGUUUGGCAUAAAUCUGAGACUGCCAUCAGCCAAAUAUUAGACAUAGCCAUUUCCCCUACUGUAAGCAGUAGACAAAACCAGAAAAAAUUUUGAUGACUUUUCAGAAUGGUAGAAUCAGCUUGUUAACAUACUCUGCAAAAUAAAUUUCUAACUUGAGACUUAAAAUAUACUCCUGGGAGUCUAUGACUGGAGUAUAAAAGGUUGUUGGUUCUUAUUUUGCAUGCAAAUCUAGGCUAGGGUAAAGUAUAUAUAAAUUUAUUUUAAGGGAGAUAUGGUAAAAAUUUUUAAUCUCAUCUAAUAUUUCUUUUGAGACAAACAAGAAACCUAUUUUAGUACAAAUACAAGGUUAGUUGUUUUAAGGGGACAAAAAUACCUCAAGCUCCUCUUCAAUUUUUUCACAAAGACAGAAGUAAUACUCUUUCCCUAACCAGUGAUUAUAAAAUGCUGUAUGUUCAUAUUCAUUUCUGUCAUUCCAAUAGUAUAGUAAUCUGGAUAUAAUAGUAAUCUGUUAAAAUUAAAGUUAAUACAUUUUGUCCUCAUAGAGUGUGGCAAAGUUCUUUCUAUUUAGCAGAUGAUCAAAGAUUGCUUAAAUUUAGUAAGUCGAAUGUCAGUGUCACAGUAUCGAUCAACUCAGAAUUUAGCGCUUAUGGGGAUUGGUUGUUGUUUUAUCCUGCUUUUCUUGAAGAAUAAAAAAAGUUGUGUUAAAUUUGCUGUAAAAUAGAAACAUUGGGUUUUCAAUCAAAUCAAGUGUGUAUGUUUACUUAAAAAGAUACUUAAUGGCUAAGUUUAGUUUAGCAUAGGUCUUCACUCCAAAAACUAAUACUAAAUUUUUAUAUAACAUUUAUAUGAAUAGUAAUGCACACAAUUCUUCCAGAUUCUAAAAUAUAGUCAUUGAGAAGUCCAUAACAGGAAUAGUGCUUGAGAUAAGCUUUAGAAAUACAUUUUUAGAAAUUAAACAUCCAAUUUUAAGGUAUUUCAUCCGAAACAUGUUUAUUUAUUCACCACCUGAAAUAAUGUUAUAUCCUCUCCUUAACAACAAUUAGGCUUUACACUUACCUGGAAUUCCUCUGGGACGAUUCCUACCCCUUCUCCCUGAGCAGCACUGCUUUCUUUAUUAGAAAUGAUCCAAUGCAGCCCGGACAGAAUGAUGUCUCCUAGAUGUUUUUCCACUGACACCGUAUCUAGAAUCAGUACAAAAUUUUUUGAAAAGUAGCAGAUGAAAUCAACACCUAUGAAAGCAUUCUUACCAUUUUGUGCAGGGUGAUGUAGGUGAGUGUAGUGGGGACUGGAAGUGUCAUGGAAAGAAUACACCAGUGUGGAAAUGCUCAUAGUGGAUCAGUAAUUCAUUUCAAACAAUUGAACUGCAGGCGUAUUCAGUGUUCUGCCUCCUCGUUAUACAAUGUUUUUAAUCCCCAGCAACAGAUAUGCGAUCCUUAUUUCAAGAAAAAAAAAUAAGAUACUUUACAUGCCAGAAGAUUUUUUGAUGACAGCACCCCCUCCUAUUCUUCAUUUUUUAAAACAACAACCAAAUUGGUGGGGAGGCAGCCAAAAUUUGAGGUACCAAUGCUUCUCGAACAGAUGUCGCACCAUUAUUUUUUAGCUCGUUUAGAUGAAUAAACAUGUUAAACUGUGAAGUAUUACAUUUUAGAUUUUUCAUUAAAAAAAGAGACAAUCUGUUUACUGUCCUAAUUGAGACAACAAUCCUUGUGGUUGCCAGUUUUGGCAGUCAUAACAAUGAACUAUAAAUAUUUGGACCAAUCAAGUAAAUGGUGGCUAUAAAGGCUAUAGCGUGUGUAAAGUUCUGUUUGCACGGGCACCCGUCUUAGUAUGGCAUUUUUUUUUCUGACUUCUUCAAAUACAAUUGUUUGUGUGAAACUGAAGUUUCAUGGUAAGCCUAAAAGAAAUUGAUUUCAAUAUCUAAUUCUUUCUAGUUUAUCAUCCAUUUUAGUGUUCUGCUAUCCAUCUGCUUGUAACAAAUUGCUUCUUUAGUUGUGCUGUUGUAUGUAACAAGGCAGGUCUUCAUUGGUUUGCCGUCUCUGUGUGUUAUAGAGUAACAUAAAAUGCAGAGGUAGUAUCUUUUUUAAGCUUUUUUAAAAAUAUAUUUACAAAGUGAUUUUAAAGGAAUUUUGAAUCUCUUAAAUUGUAAUGCUUAGUUUUGUAAAAUAAGGUUUUUUGAAAAAAAUUGUGGAGGAUGCAACAUUUGUUGUUAUGAUAACGAGAAGGCAAAGUGAUCAUAAUCUAAGCCCCAGUUAACAGGUUUUGCUGGAAAUAUCAAUGGCAGGUGAUUGAUAGACUAACGAGAAAUAAACCACACCUGAAAAACUAUUUCCAAACAUUCAUGAUCCAAAUAGAGAUUUUCUGGGCUUCUCUGAGAGUUACAGCUCCCUUCUCCAACUCUUUCCCUUCUACCAUUUGUUUGAACCUCACUUCUACUCUACUGGGUUAGCACUCCCUCGUAUUUCAUUGUGCACUCAGUGUGUUAACUACCUCUACCCUUACAAUUAUCCCUGGUCCUUACUUAUUUUCCAAUCUUUUAUUUCUUAACUGCUUUCAUUAUUUUGCUAAUCGUAUGUAUCACUCAAAUAGAGACAAUAAUGAGGUGAACUUCAAUAUACUCUUCAUUUUAACAAUUAUUAAUAUUUUCCACUCUUCUUGCAUGUAAAAUGAUAACAUUUUAGAUACAAAUUAAUCAGUAUGUCCAUCUAGCUACAAUGUUGUUUUUGUUUGUUGUUAUAUAUGAUCAGAAAUCCAUCAUCAUAACUAAUAUAAUUAUAUACUAUUUAUUAACAUCAUAUAAUAAGUUAAUAUUCAGAGUUCCUUAAUUGUCUCCAGGUGUCUGUUUACAACAGGUUUUGAAUCAAAAUCAAUACUUCAUUUGUUUGAGUGACUCCUAAAAUUUAUUUUUUACUCAGCUUUAUUUCAUGCCAUUGAUUUGCAGGUCCUUUUGAAUAACCAGUAUUCUAGAUUUGGUCUUUUUCAAUUCUUAUGCAGUUUAUUUCUCUAUUUCUAUAUCUUCUGCAAAUUAAUAUUUAAAGCAUUGGCUAGAUUAAGUACAGGCAAGUCUUUGUUCUUGUUAUUUUUGUUCUUGUUAGUAUUUGAUGAACAUAAUACCAGAUUUGCUCACUUAUGGCUCUGUGAAUUAUCAGUGGGUUUGUGUGCUAACCUCCUAAUUCCUUCCACAAUAAAGUUUUAAAAUAUUUUAUCUAUAGCUUUAGCAUCAUUCAUGAUUGUUUCUUAGAUCUGUUAGACAUUACAACCAUUUCUUGAGCAUUUAGUAUAUGGAAUUAUUUUAUUAUUGUUAUUGAAACCUAUUUAUACAUCAUUGUGUAAUAAUUGAUACAUUGAUAACUUAUAAUGUUCAAACCAGAGUAAUAAGCUCUUUCGUCUCUUCAAACAUGAAUCAUUUCAAUAUGUUAAGUCUGCUGAUUAUUUUGAAAUACACCAUAGGUAAUUAUACACAACAGUUACCCUACUAUGAUACAGAAAACCAGAUCUGAUUGGUUCUUUCUGUGCUUCAGUGAUCUUUAUCUAAUUUCUUUACACCCUUUCACCUUGUCCUUUUCAUGCUCUAUUAACUGCUAUUCCAAUUCAUUCAAUUAGAUUUUUUAAAAGAAUUUUGUCAACUGUUUGUUUAAGUAAAAAUGUAGCUCAUAAGGAAAGGAAGGAUAAAUACUUGAGUCUUCUCUUUGUCACCUUUCAGAGUUAAGAAUUAGAAAACAUUUCCAUUGCUAUUACUAUUGCUUUUAUUGUCAUUGUAAACUGUAGAUUUUAUGUAUUUGAUACUCUCAGAGUAUAUCAAUUAUCAUUCUUUUUAGUACUAAAAUGAGAAUUCUAUUACUAUGUUUAACAUUAGAAAUAUUCUUAUCAAAGUCAUAGUUAAUUGUUUUUGGAAAUUGAUAACCCAUACAGUCAGAUUUUUAGAACAGGUAUAAGUGGCAGAUAUGGCAAAAUGGAAAAAGUAUAUCUUUAUGUAAUUUGACUGGAAAACUAACGAAAUGUUGAAUGAGAUAUAUGUAAUAUGCUCCUUUAGAAAACUGUAUGUUAAUUCAUAGCUUUAUCUGUAUACGUUAAUUAUAGAAUUAGUUAAAUACAAUUGAAAAUUGUGUUUUACAAUUGCAAUUAAAAUUAUGGCUUAUAUAGAAAAAAUUAAGAAA